CCUUCAUUUUAAAAGGUGUUAAGUGAAAUGUAACAUGUAGUUUGUUGGUCUGCUCAGAAAGACAGAUCUCUACACCUGUUGCUGAUGAGGAGUUGGACCGUAUUGUAAGCGAAGUCCACAGAAGUGUCCAAACACCGGCUACAAGCUAAUGCGUGGACAUUUGAAUGCUAGAGGUGUGCGUGUUCCAAUCUCAAGACUGAGAGUCUUUGCACAGAGUGGAUGCUGAGGGAGUGUACAUGAGACGUCUACGGCUGCAUGUAACAAGACGACGGCAGUAUUCUGUUCCUGGCCCAAACUCUUUAUGGCACAUAGAUGGUCACCACAAGCUUAUAAGGUGGAGAUUUGUUGUCCAUGGUGGGGUGGACGGAUUCAGUCGACUGGUGGUCUACCUGAAUGUGGCUGGCAAUAACAGGGCUAGCACUGUCCUACAGAGCUUUAUCAAUGCCGUUCAGCAGUACGGGCUGCCGUCAAGGGUACGGUCUGAUAAAGGAAGAGAGAAUUCAGACGUAGCAGAAUUCAUGAUCAGGAGCAGAGGUACCAACAGGAACUCUCACAUCACAGGCAGAAGUGUACACAAUCAGCGAAUAGAGAGGAUGUGGAGAGAUGUUUAUGAGCAUGCCCUAGACCUCUUCUAUCAGAUCUUCACUUCAUUGGAAGAUCAGGGAACACUCAAUCCAGACAACCAAGUCCAUCUUUAUGCCCUGCACCGGAUCUUCCUUCCCCAAAUUCAGAGAACCCUCAGCUCCUUCAGAGAUGCUUGGAACUUUCAUGGACUUAGAACUGAAAGGAAUCAAUCACCUAAUGAACUCUGGAGAAGAUACAGAGAGCAAGGCCCCAUGGAGGAUCCUGCAGAGGUUUAUGAAGACUAUGGGAUCGACUGGAAUGGGCCUCACAAUCAGCAUGGAGACACUGUGUCAGUUCCUGAGAUUCAGAUGGCCCGUGAGCUCUCAGAUGAAGAGGUUGCCAUUUUGCCAGUUUCAGGAGUUUCUUUAAAUGAUGCAAUUGGAUCAUAUUUGGAGACAGUGCAAGUUUUGUCAAGAAUCAUUGGAGACUGAUAUCUUAAGCAGGCCUUUUAUUUUAUUUAUUGUGCAAAUGUCACUCAUGAAUUAGUUAACUUGAUUUGUCAAUAAAAAUCUGAAAUAAUAA